ACAACCCACUUCACCAACCCCUCCGCCUUCAUCCUGCAGGGAGUUCCUGGCCUGGAGGCCGCCCAUGGCUGGAUCUCCAUCCCCUUCUGCGCCAUGUACAUCAUAGCCCUCUUGGGAAACUUCACCAUCCUGUUCAUCGUAAAGAUAGAACCGAGCCUCCAUAGACCCAUGUACUAUUUCCUCUGCAUGCUGGCUGUCACCGACUUGGUCCUGCCCACAUCCACCCUGCCCAAAACACUGAGCAUCUUCUGGUUCAAUUCCAGGGAGAUCGAUUUUGGUUCGUGCCUCACCCAGAUGUUCUUCAUAGGUAUCUUUUCGGUGAUGGAGUCUGGGAUCAUUGCGGCCAUGGCCUUGGAUCGCUACGUGGCCAUCUGCCAUCCCCUAAGACAUUCAACCAUCCUUACAAAUUCUGUGGUUGCCAAGAUAGGCCUGGCCGUUGUGCUGCGCAGCUGCAUCUUCUUACUGCCCUCUCCCUUCCUGGCAAGACAGUGGCCAUAUUGCCGCACCAACAUCAUUUCCCACUCGUUCUGUCAGUUGAUGGCUGUGUUGAAACUGGCCUGUGCUGACACCCACAUCAGUACUUACUACGGCCUCAUUGUAUCAUUCCUGGUGGCUGUUACGGAUGUGUUUUCCAUGAUGUUGUCCUAUAUCCUGAUCCUCAGGGCCAUCUUCAGCCUCCCCACCAAGGAUGCCCGGCUCAAGACGUUUGGGACCUGCAGCUCCCACCUCUGUGUCAUUUUAGCUUUUUACAUCCCAGUUCUCUUCUCCGUGUUCGUAUCCCGGUAUGACCACCAUGUGCCCCUGUAUUUCCAAAUUCUCAUGGCCAAUUUGCAUCUGCUAGUGCCCCCCAUGCUGAACCCCAUCAUCUACGGGGUGAGAACCAAACAGAUCCGAGACAGGCUGCUGAGGCACAUAAUUCAGACAGAGUAA